UUUUGGGGGGAGAGGGGACUGGCGGCUGCUCUAUUUUUUCUUCCUCCAAAAUGCUGCUUCAAUGAAACUGCAGGGAGAUUCCAUUGUCAGGGUGGCACAAGAGAGGGGAGAGGCAAGGGGGAAUUGUGCUUUUUGCUCGGUUCUCUUCCUACCCCAUCAGCAGAGCUCAUCAGGUCUCCUCCACUGGCAUGCGCUUCCUCCCUGGGAAUACUAUGUCACAUUACUCCACAAAUUUCCUAUUACUUCCCAUCCCUGAAUAUCCUGUCCUGGACUGCGCAGCCAACAAAGUCAUCAAGCUCGUUGUGUUGGGCGGCAGCGGCGUUGGCAAAACGGCCCUAAUUGUACGCUUCCUCACCAAGAGAUUUAUUGGAGACUAUGAGGCCAAUACCGGCGCAUUGUAUUCCAGGAAAUUCACCAUCGAUGGAGAGCAGCUCACUUUGCAAGUUCAGGAUACACCCUUCGUUUCACUGGAGGACGAGAAUGACACUAUCUGCUGCCAGGAACAAAUAAACCGGUCCAUCUACUGGGCAGAUGGUUUUGUGCUUGUCUAUUCCAUCACGGACCAUGACAGCUACCGCACCAUCCGCCCCUUACAUCAGCAUAUCCGGAAGAUCCACCCCAAUGCCAACAUCCCUCUGCUGCUCAUGGCCAAUAAAGGAGACCUGCUGCGAGCCAGGCAGGUGUCUGUGAAAGAAGGCCUCCAGCUGGCAAACGAGCUGGGCUGCACUAACUGCGAGUUGUCUGCGCGGGAGAACUUUGAGGAGGUUCACGAGGCCUUUAAGCAGCUUUGCCAAGAGAUGAGCAGGAUGAUUGGGAGCUGCAAUGGCGAGAAACGCAGAGGGCUCCAUCUUGUUCGGCCCAAGUCCCCCAACAUGCAGGAUCUGAAAAGGCGGCUAAAGCAGGCCUUGUCUUCCAAGGGGAGAGCUGCCACAACACUCUGAUGUAUCUCAGAGUAGCAAGCCUGGUCUGGGCCUUAAGAGGAGAGAUAAGACAAUGGGAUAUUUAUAUCUAUUUAUGGCAUUCUUUUGCCAGCAUCUUUUGUACGAAAGAAUCCCUUCGUGACAAGGUGAUAUUGGAUGGCAAGCUUUCAGAGCUGUGCCUUUUGUGUCGAAAUUGUCACCGAGACCAAUGGCAUCUUAAAGACAGGUUCUUCAUCCAUGCAGUGAGCUUAGCUUCCUAACUGGCAUGACAUACAGCCAUACCAGCCAAUCAACCUUGCUCCUCCCCCGUGUUUCAGGCAUGCAGUCUAUCUUUACUCCCUCCUUUUUCAGUGCCACAUGCGUAUUUAUUCAAUCAAAUAACACCUGCCCACGUAUUAAACAGAGUUGCAAAACUGAUGCAGAGAUGGGAGGAGUGGUGGUUGACUGCAGCGGCACCAGCCAACACACACCCUUCACCAUACUGAAAACCUGCACAACUAGGUUUUUAAGAGCUUACCUUAGAACAGAAAAGUACCAAAACUUCAUCUCACCCCUACUGCACUGGCACAUUUGAGAAAAAUAGUUCUCAUUUUAUCUAGGACAGUACUAAAGAUUGGACUGAAUGACUCACUUAGCAGUGUGAUCUAACAUAGAAACAUAU